GUUAUCGCCUAAACCCGGCUUGUCCGUCCUGUCCGUCUUGUCCGCACCGCAACAUUUGACGCUUCAAGGUUGACCCCACUUGAUCAGUCAUUCAGUCAUUGGAUGUCGUCAAUUCAAUGGACCGAACGCGAACCCCUUCUUCUAUUCUAAGAAUUUAAUCAUCAAAUAGAAUUGACUCAACCUCCUCACCUUCCAAGGCUACAACCAUUACUGUUGCUCUGUCGCUACAAGAAUACCAAGGUACCCUUUUCUUCGACCGGGUACCUUCUGCCGAUUCUCUUCCCCUCUCUCCCUUUCUUGGGGCAAUUCGCAAUUCUUCUUUUCCUAUUAAUCCUCUGCCGCUGAUUCUUAGCCUAUUUGUCAUCCCUAUUAUCAUAUGAAUUACGCUGCAUACGACCAACUUCCUACUUGAUCCGACAAUGGCAGCGCAGAGUGUUGCGUUCUAGAGGGUGGCUGUCACUCGUUGAAGAAUCGCGAUGGCACCACCCUCGCGAUUCUACCACCUUGUACCUCGAUCCCAACAAUUGUCUUAAAUUAAUCACGGAGCGAACCUCUACGAAUACCAAGAAGUAAACUUGACUUAGCACUUCUUUCGUAUAUCAUACUUGAUCAUUAGCUGUCGCGUGACGAUAACUUCGCGUUGCUUGUGUUGCCCUUUUUACGUCUACUAGGUGUAUACGUAUUCUACGACUCCUGAGUAAAUCAACUUGCGAUCUCGAAUAAACCGACGUAUACGCGAUGCGCCGCAAACAUGGUGCGGCGAAGAGUGCGCGGGCUAUUAAGGGCUCAGGUCCGACGCCUAUCGCUUCAAUCUCUUCAGCCACCACUCCGUUAAGCUCAGCUUUGCCUUCGACUUAUACUUCAGAAGCGGAGUACGAUAUCAACGACGAAGUAGCUAAGCUGCAAAUCGGCGCCCUAACGUUAGAUCCCUCAGCACCGAGCCAGCGAAAGCCAAAACGAGAAAAGCCACAGCCAUUCCGGUUUCUCGACCUUCCUUCCGAGCUACGUCUAAAGGUUUACGAUUACCAUUUUAUUAACAUCGGCCACGUGCUCGACCUUGAAUACGACAACCAUAAGAGAAUCCACCAGAAACUAGCCAUUCUCCGAUCUUGCCGUACUAUAUAUCAAGAGGCGUCCUACUUGUUCUACAGUACCCAUCCUGUUCGCAUAUUUCCGACGACUCCUGGGCGCUUCUUCAAGACAAAGAAGCCCCUACUAGCUCGUAUGAAGCCCAAUCAACGUUCGUUCCUAACCUCGCUCGAACUACGUUUAGGACCAGGAUGGAGUAGUCCACCUAGAGGUUGGGUAGUGAAUCCCGCAUUGGGUUUAUCGGAUUGUGUUAAUGUUACGAGAAUCACUGUCUACGUUGAAUGCGAUCCAGGAAAUGAUUUCUUCAGGGGAUUCCGCCAACCGGACAACUUUUAUGAACGAUUCUCCAAAUCCUUACUUACUAGCGUUCUUGACGAGAUGCCAUGGGUUGGACGAAUCGAGUUCGAGGCGUGGCCAAACGUCAAGAAAUCAGGGGCACUAAUGCGUGGACUGAUCGAAGUCGUGACGACUAGGGGACUGAAAAUCCUCUGGGGUAAGCAAAGGGGGUGGUCCGAUGCGGAGGAAGUAGAACCGCAGCCGGCGUUAGACCUCAAUGCCCCCCUUCUCAUAGAACACGGCAGUUCGGGUAUUAUGGUGGCAGCGUAGUACAAGCCGUAGUUUCUUUUUUCUCCUCCUUAUUAUAUAGUAUUGAAACUGCAACGUCUAAAGGAGUUAUGGAUGGCAAAGGACUGGUUGGCAAAUGGGAACUAUUCGUUAAGUAAUGGUCACGGCAAUCCCAUGGAUUUUUGGGGUAGCGUACUUGCCUCUCGCCUCUCACUCAGAAGAAUCAGGCCUGAAGAAGACUUGAAUUGAUAGGAUUUCAACUACGUAAUUCUCACUGCA